CACAGCAUCUUUCUUUCAAGCGCUGGUGGCUGAGAUCUGUACAGGAGGAAAACAGAAGCACGGGGAAAUCUUAAAGAGGGCAGAGGGGUGAGGGGAGUCCCCCCUGCGUGUAGAGUGUGGGGUAUGAAGAUCAGGAUCAGACCUUAUAGUUAUGAGCACCCCUUCCUUCUGGAUGGUUAAGCCGAGAGUCUGGGAUCAGCUUGCCAGAGGAUGAUACAGCUUGUCACUUCCCCCUAGGGAAGGCCCCAGGAUGGCUGAUUACACGGUGACACCAGAUGAUGAGUAUGAUGUCCUCAUCCAAGAUGAGGUGGAGAAUGAGACGGUUUGGCCAGAGUCUUGUGACCCGUAUCCGGUCAGCAUCCUCACGGCCCAGCAGAUGCCCUGGCUCCUCUCUAUCAUCUGCGUGCUGGGUCUCCUGGACGGUGUGUUGAUGGUGUUUCUCCUGGUAAAACACAAAGGCCUCAGACACCAGGGGAACGUCUAUUUCCUCCAGUUGGCUGUCUCGAACUUCUGCUUCUGGCUUCCCCUGCCUUUCUGGGCUCACCCGAUCUCCCAGCAGACAAAUCUGGGGGAUCUCACGUGUACCGUGGUCACCGGCUGCCACUCAGUGGCCGUGUACAGCAAGGUGGCUUUCCUGGUUGUGCUGAUCCUGCAGAGGUAUCAAGCAUUCUUGCACGCGCGGUGGCUGACUCGGGGCCUGGAAACCACAGCUGGGAAAAUCCUCACCAGCAUUCUGGCUUGGGGAUUGGCUGUGGGGGUGAAUUUGCCCGAGUUGGCCUUAUAUCAACCUUCCCUGCGGAGUCAGACGUGGAAAUGUGCUUGGAGCCAGCAGCCCUUUCCACCAUCAGCCGAGCCCUCCUGGAAAUACUUCCUGACCUUAAAAAUGAACAUUCUGCUCCUGGCAAUCCCUCUGGCCGUGUGGUUAUUCUGUGGCGUGCGGAUGAGUUCCACGUUGACCUUGAGCACCCGGCAGGAUGACCUUGCCCGGCUGGUUUUCCUGCUGAUGCUGGUCUUCCUUCUCAUGUGGGCACCGUACCAGGUCGCCCUGCUCCUCUCCACCAUCCAGCCUCCCUCCACACCCCUGCAGGACUGCAAGAUCAGGCGCAGGCUAGACACUGGUAUCCAGAUCACCAGACUCAUCGCCAUCACCCACUGUGGCAUCAGUGCCAGCCUCUACUUGCUACUGGAUGCGGUGUGUAGGAGCCGCGUCUGUAGGCGGCUUCUGGGCUGUGGCGAUGGCUCUCUGGGGCUCCGUGACCAAAACACCUCUGCCUCAGUAUCCCCAGGACAGCGCCAGGACCAUUGCACUCACGUCUAAGGGAGCCUGUGUCAAAGGCAGGGCUGAUGGCCAUGCAUGUGGGUCGCUUUGCGUGGUUUUGUGUGAUUGUGUGUGGAUGUGAACCAAGAGGUAGAGCAUCCUCCUGGAAAUAGGGUGCUUAAAGGCUAGCGUGCCCAGGCCCUGAGCUCAAGCCCUAGCCCCAAUUACUUGCACACACACACAAACACACACACACACACACACACACACACACACACGAUGAUAAAAGACGCCUUAAGAAAGACAGACAUCCAACAAUGGCUCUCUGAUUUUUAUUUCUUUCCAAGUGACAACAGGAGAUCGAGAAGGCCAGACAGGGGGUACUGGAGCCUAGUCCAUGUAGGAAUCGGGAUGCAGGCUCCUGGGGAGUCUGGGUCAUCUUCUUUUUGAGUUUUACUUCUCUAGGAAAGCACAGGCAUCCAGGAGUGCUGCGGAAUAAGUUCAGAAAUGGAGGUCGGGGUAAAUCAAGAGAAACCAAUAGAUCAAGAAGGCAAGCCAGAUGCUGGAGACCAGGGCUCAUGCUGCAGUCCCAGGCUGGCUGGGAACUCAGGAUCUUCCUACCUCUGCCUUUGCUAGUGCUGGGAUUAUAGGCAUGUAUUACCCUGCUCGGUCCUGUUUAGCUUUGUCUGUCUAGUGAAAGUUAUUACAAAUCCUUCUGGAAGAAAAUAUGUAUGUAAUAAAAAAAAUUCAAAAAGCAA